CUCAUAGAAGAGUCGCUGCGCUUCAGCGGAGUUUAUUUCAAUCAGACUCUGGACCGAGAGCUUCUCCUGCUUUUGGACUGAACUUCACAGGACUGCUUCCUCCGGGAUGGCCGCGUCGAUUCUGGAGGAGGAAACACGUUAUGGAUCCAGUCCCUUGGCUAUGCUAACAGCCACCUGCAACAAGUUUGGAAACACCAGUCCAGUCCGAGACUCCGCCACGCCCGGCAAACCGGGAAGCACGGUACCAGUUAAGAAAGCCUACAGCAUGACUUCUGAACUCCAGAGCCCUAAGAAUAACGUGCGCGGCAAUGAGGGCGUCGCAGACUCUUACAGCGGCUCAUUUAGCUCCGCAGGGGGUUUGCUAACCCCGACUGGCAGCCCUCCUCCUGCUCCCACGGGAGCGUACGGCUCCGAAUACAACCCGUUCUCCAGUUUCCAAACCUCCAGUGCCUCUCAGGACCCUUCGCUCCUGGGGACCAAAGCCACAGCGGACUGCCUGGCCAGCGUCAACACCUACUUGGACAUGACGCAUCCCUAUGGCUCCUGGUACAAGGGCAUCCAUCCCGGGAUCACGGCUGCUCCUGCAAACGCAACAUCUUCUUGGUGGGAUGUCCAUACCAACUCAAACUGGCUAAGCGCUGGACAACCUCAACCUGAGAGCCUCCAACCCGUCGCUCCUCAAGCAUCCCUCAAUUCCCAGAUGCCUAGUUACACUCCCGAUUUUACGCCUUUAAAUCCGGCGCCAUAUCCGUCUGUUGGCUUGAGCUCGCUCCAGUCUUCCCAGCACAUGCUCCCUCAGGACAUGUACAAGCCCAAACCCGUCCCAACUUCUGGAAUCCUGGACAAUUCCAUGGGGCUCAAACCGGCUCGGGGAUCUCCCGGAUACACCGGCGGAUCUACAACCGGAAGGUCUACUUGCGAUUGCCCAAAUUGCCAAGAGUUGGAGAGGCUUGGCGCCUCGGCUGCAUCCCUGCGCAAGAAACCCGUCCACAGCUGCCACAUUCCCGGCUGUGGGAAGGUUUAUGGCAAGGCUUCGCACCUUAAAGCCCACCUGCGUUGGCACACAGGCGAACGACCCUUCGUCUGCAACUGGCUCUUCUGCGGAAAGCGGUUCACUCGCUCCGACGAGCUGGAGCGCCACGUCCGCACCCACACUCGAGAAAAGAAGUUCACUUGUCUCCUGUGCAAUAAGCGCUUCACGAGAAGCGACCAUCUCAGCAAACAUCAGAAAACCCACACAGAAGCCAGCCUGCAAGGGAAAGGUCCGGAAGAAGAGGCAGAGCCCAGAGCAACCGAGGAACCGACGGAUUCCGGUAAAGUGGCUCCUCAGGGGCCCGCCGGUGGCAUGCAGGACCCAACGGUUGGCGGAGACGAAAAGAGCAGCACGGGGAACGGUGUGGACGGCAGCAGCGGGCUGCUGGAGAUAUAAAAGCGCUGUGUGAGGAAUCGGAUGAAGACUCUGACAAGUGGAGCUACUGUUGCAUUGGUGCUAAGCUGCGUAUAAAAAAUGAAAUCCUGUGUUUUAUUAUGCAAUCUGUUUUUAGGAACUAGUCGAAUGUGCUCCACGGAGAGCAGCGUAUCAUGAACAUUUUCUAGACUUGGAGAAAUGAAUUACACUACCAGUCAAACGUUUUUUAACAGUGCUAUUUUUGAUGUUUUUAAAGAAGACUUUUCUGCUAACAAACCUGUAUUUAUUUGAUUCAAAGUACAGCAAAAACUGUACAAUUUUGAAAUAUUUUUACUAUUUAAAAUAUCUGUUUUCUAUUUGAAUCUAUGUUAAACUGUAAUUUAUUUCUGUGAUCAAAGCUGUAUUUUCAGCAUCAUUACUCCAGUCUUCAGUGUCACAUGAUUCUUCAUAAAUCAUUCUAAUAUUCUGAUUUGCUGUUUAAGAAACAUUUAUUAUUAUUAUCAAUAUUUAAAACAGUUGAGUACAUUUUUGUCAUGAUUUGUCUUUAAUGAAUAGAAAGAUCCAAAGAUCAGCCUUUAUCUGAAAUAAAAGCUUUUGAAACAUUAUACACUAUAUACCAUUCAAAAGCUUGGAGUCAGUAUUUAUUUUUUUUUUUUUUUGAGGGGGUUUAUAUAAAUUAAUACUUUUACUUAGCAAGGAUGCUUUAAAUUGAUCAAAAGUGAUGAUAAAGACAUUUAUAAUGUUACAAAACAUUACAAUGCUGUCCUUCUGAACUUUCUAUUAAUCAACAAAACCUGAAAAAAUUAUACUCAUCCGUUUUCAACAUAAUAAUAAUAAUAAUAAUAAUAAAUGUUUUUUUUUUGAGCAGAAUAUUAGAAUGAUUUCUGAAGGAUCAAGUGACUGGAGUAAUGAUGCUAAAAAAGUUAUCUUUUAUCGCAGGAAUAAAUAACAUUUAAAAUAUAUUUUAAAUAGAAAACAGUUAUUUUAAAUAGUAAAAAUAUUUCACAAUUUUACUGUUUUUGCUGUACUUCGGAUCAAAUAAACGCAGGCUUGGUGAGCAGAAGAGAAUUCUUUAAAAACAUAAAAAAUCUUACUGUACACGUUUGACUGGUAAUGUACAAAGAACAUCAGACACAUGUUUGUCUGGAGAGGCCUACAUUUUGGGGAGUAUUUUUAAACGUUUUAAUGUCUACAAAUUAUUAUUGAAUUAUUUCUUAUUCUCUGUUUUAGAUUGCUUCUUUUUGACAACUUUUAGGGACGGCUGUUUUUGAAGCCCAGCUUGAGUUUCUGUCAGCAGAGCAUCUGACAUUCGGGCUUUCGAUCGAUGCACAUUUCGUCCUGUUUUUAUUUAAUUCAAAUUGAUUUCUUUUAUUUUUGUAAUCCUGAAUGCUUUCUUGAGGACUCAUUACUUUGAUAAAAACUGAUCAGGACGUAAUCUUCAGUUUAGGCUGCAAAGAGGCAAUCUGGUGUACAGUGAAUCGUUUCUUUUAUUUCAUUACUGGUCCUGUCGCUUGUCAUUGUUUUAUUUAAUUUCCUAUUUACAUAAAAUCUAAUUUAUGUUUUAAAUUAUGAGACAAUGUUGUGUUUCACUGGUUUUGCUGAAUGGAGGUAG